CGUGCACAAAUAAUUCUAUCCUCAAGAUUCCCUAUACAUCUUGGACAUGCUGUAAUGUUUCCUUCAAAAAUGCUGUCAUGUGGAUAGUUCGUGCAUGAUUAUCUUUCUUGUUGUGGAAAAUAUUUUCCGUCGUCCUUCGGAAUUUGUUGGUCUUUUGUAGUGUUGGCGUCUAGUGCAUCUACUGUUGGGAAGGUCCAUAUAGGGACAUGGAUGCCCUUUUUCUAAACCUUCAUUAUAUUUCUGCCUUGAAUUUGCAUGUUCGAACCUUGUUUUUUUAUUUAGACAAAGGAAGCUUUUAUUGAUUUCUAACCUUGUUUGGCCUGACUAGCAUAGUUUUCCUUGGCAAAGAGAAAGACAUCCAAAUGAAAUGUCAAAAACUUGAGAUAGGCGACAAAUCAAUAAAUAUGCUACUCAAGAUCUGGAUCUUGCCUAGCUAUAAGAAAACCAUAUGAAGGUGUGACUUAUCAAACUGAGAAGGAAAUGGAUGAGAUCUUAUUUAAACCCAAAAAUUCUCACACUUGUGUUGACUGUUAUUAAUGUUUCUUUAGAUGAUGAGGCUCGGUGAGCCGUAUUGUGAUUGGGAGCCUGAAUAGGAAAUUGUGGGUAUGGAUAUUUGGGCAGGCAGCUUCAGCUACGCCUGGUAUGGCAUACCAUUAAUUUUCUCGUAUAUGAUAGGGGAGGCGCCUCGGCCAGCGCUGCACCACCGCCUCUUGCAGAUUUGCUUAGAUCUCAUCAUCCUCCAUUCCCCCUCUCAUCUCCUUCUUCUCCUUCUCCUUCUUGGAAAUGCUUUUCUUUUCCAUUAUAUAUUCUGUGGUCGGUCGGUACUCGUUUCUUUGCCAGCUACUUGUGUAUAAAGGGCAGGAAGGCGAGGCUGCGGCUUGUCGAUCACCAUUCACCAACACACCGAAAAGAGAGUCUGCUUGCUCCAUUCUCUGCCUCAUGUCGACGACGACGGUGCCGGAGCCGCACGUCCUCGCCGUCGAUGACAGCAUCGUGGACCGUGCUGUCAUCUCCAGACUCCUCCGGAGCUCCAAAUAUCGAGUUACCACGGUGGAUAGCGGCAAGAGAGCACUGGAGCUUCUCAGUCUGGAUCGAAAUGUGCAUAUGAUCAUCACAGAUUACUGCAUGCCGGAGAUGACAGGAUUCGACCUCCUCAAGAGGGUCAAGGAGUCGUCGGAGCUGAAGGAGAUCCCGGUGGUGCUAAUGUCGUCGGAGAACUCGCCGACGAGAAUCCGGCGGUGCCUGGAGGAGGGGGCGGAAGACUUUUUGAUCAAGCCGGUGCGGCCGUCUGAUGUGUCGCGCCUGUGCAGCCGCGUCAUGAAAUGAAAUGAAACGAAAUGCAAACAGCUGGGCUGGAUUAAUCAAUCAGGAGUCCUCCUAACCACCAUCUCUAACUGACCAAUCAUAGUAUAAGUAGCAAGCCACGAACAACAACAACAACAACAAGACGUCGUUGAUCGAUCGAUCGAUCAGCAAGGUUCAUGCUGCAUGGUGAUUAAUAAGAAGAGAUCAAAGCCCUCAAGGGAGUUUUUUUUGUCCGGAACGAUAUAAUUAUUGUACAUUACUUAAUUAUUACUACUAAUUAAUUCCCUAGUAGAUCCAUGACGCCUAACUAGCUAGCACUACCUCUCUCUUGCUCUCUUCUUUAUCGGCAAAAUAACCAAUAAAAGAUUCUUCUUAUUUGGCAAAUUGGAAUAUAUUGUUUAUAUCCUCAUGUUUUCGUUCCUGAUCCCCAUCUGGCACCCAAGGAGUGC